AUGGCAAGUCUCAGUCGCACAUGUGGCUCUCUGGACAAGGCCUUCGAACAUGCCUCCACAAACGUCGCCGCGUCGCAGAUGCGGAAUGCACUCAAUGCCUUGGCCGAUACUGUCAAGGAGCCCAAUGAGAAGCAGCGCUUCGAGGCUGAGAUGGACAAUUUCUUCUCCCUCUUCCGCAGAUUCUUGAACGACAAAGCCAAGGGCAAUGUCCUCUCCUGGGAUCGCAUUGCUCCGCCCCAGCCCAGUCAAGUCAUUGAAUAUGCCGACCUCGCCAACUCAUCGUCAGUCGAUUACCUGAAGAAACUAGCUGUUAUCAAGCUGAACGGUGGUUUGGGUACAUCUAUGGGUUGUGUUGGCCCCAAGUCUGUUAUCGAAGUUAGAGAGGGCAUGUCCUUUUUGGAUUUGUCUGUGCGCCAGAUCGAGUAUCUUAACCGCACCUACGCUGUCAAUGUCCCCCUCGUGUUGAUGAACUCCUUCAACACAAACGAUGACACCCAGGCUAUCAUCAAGAAAUACGAAGGCCACAAUAUUGAUAUCAUUACCUUCAACCAGUCACGUUACCCCCGCGUCCUCAAGGACUCCUUACUUCCUGCACCCAAGGACUACCACUCCCCUAUCACCGAUUGGUAUCCCCCAGGCCACGGAGACGUUUUCGAAUCCCUUUACAACUCCGGAACUCUUGAUAAGCUUAUCGAGCGUGGCGUGGAGAUUGUCUUCUUGUCCAAUGCUGACAAUCUUGGUGCUGUCGUUGAUAUGAACAUUCUAGAACAUAUGGUGCAGAAUAAGUCCGAGUACAUCAUGGAAUUGACCGACAAGACCAAGGCUGAUGUUAAGGGUGGCACUAUCAUUGACUACGAAGGCAAGGCGCGUCUUCUGGAAAUUGCCCAGGUGCCCAAAGAGCACGUCAACGAAUUCAAAUCGAUCAAGAAAUUUAAGUACUUCAACACCAACAACAUUUGGCUGGAUCUUAAGGCGAUCAAGCGUGUUGUGGAGGAGAAUGCUCUCGAAAUGGAGAUCAUUCCAAAUGAAAAGUCCAUCCCUGCUGAUAAAAAGGGAGAGGCUGACGUUUCUAUCAUUCAGCUGGAGACUGCCGUUGGUGCCGCGAUCCGCUUCUUCAAGGGUGCUCAUGGCGUGAACGUCCCUCGUCGCCGCUUCUUGCCCGUCAAGACUUGUUCCGAUCUUAUGCUGGUCAAAUCUGAUCUCUACACACUCCAGCACGGUCAGCUGGUCAUUGACCGCAACCGAUUUGGCGGUGCUCCUCUUAUCAAGCUGGGAACCGACUUCAAGAAAGUCUCGGACUUCCAGAAGCGCAUCCCAAGCAUCCCACGCAUCCUCGAGCUUGACCAUCUUACCAUCAGCGGUGCUGUCAACCUCGGCCGCGGCGUGACUCUCAAGGGUACUGUUAUCAUUGUGGCCACUGAGGGUAGUACGAUUGAUAUUCCUCCUGGCUCUAUUCUCGAGAAUGUUGUUGUCCAGGGAAGUCUUCGUAUCUUGGAGCAUUAG